CUUUCAAAGUUGACACACAGUUAUGAAAAGCUACGGCUACAUCAGUUAAAACAAAAAAAGAUUGGAACUAGAGAAAAAUGUGAGGAAAGGAUAGAGACACCAUCUGAACUGAGCAAUUUGUACAAGAAACUGGAGGAAUUUAAGGCAAAAUCAAGAGAAUGGGAUAAGAAGGGGACAAUCUGCCAAAAUUAUCUCGAUUAUUUAGAUGCUCAACAAAAGUUAUUGUCCAAGAAAUGUAAUUUAUUUCAGAAGCAGACCCAGAAUUAUCAAUUCCAAAUAAGCAAUAAGAAACAUGACCAAGAAGAGGUAAUUACCCGUGACCAGCCCGAAAGUGAAACGAAUGAGUUGAUGAUUGAAAAACUAAAGGCAACUGUGAAUGAAAUGACAGUAAACAAGAAUAAACUAGAAGAGGAAAAUCUGAAACUCCGGGAGGAUCUAAAAAUGUACCAAAACCAGUGCCAGAACAUGGAGGCAGGCUUUUCAGAAAUGAGGAAUGAGCUGCAGUCACGGGAUGCUCUCUGGAGAAGGAUACAACUGGAAUGCCAACAAAUGCAUACAGAACUACAGAAGAUCAGAGACUAUAAAGAUAUGCAGGAAAUCUAUGUUGAAGACAAUAUUUACAUGAAUAAGCAUCGACCAUCUUGUGUACAACUUACUGAGCAGCUAGAAAAUAAAAACACCAAGUUAUUACUAUUGGCACAAAGUCAAGAACGCCCACAAGAGGAGCUAAAUGAGAUAAGAAACCACGUUUAUCGAGAGGAGCAGUCCCAUUGCUCUGAGCAGGAAAGAAUGAAGACAGAAAUCUCUGACCUGACAGAAGAGCUUCAUCAGAGGGAGAUCACUAUAGCAACUAUCAUGGAGAAAGCUAGUCUUCUGGAAAGACAGUUAAAAAUGGAGUUGGAGAUAAAAGACAAAUUGUUAGCAAAACAACAGUUGUUGGAUUCCCGAUACAAAGUCAGGAGCUCUGAAAACACACAUCUAAAGGAGAUAGUGGAAAACCAGAGUAUAGAUUUACCUGACAACAAACAACAUGGAAAUUUCACGUCAUCCAUUCACAAACGAGAACAUGAGAAUGUAAGAUUACAAAGUAGUCUUGUUAAACUACAAAAUGACACAGAAACAUCGCUACUGGGUCUCAUGGAUGCACAUGGAGAAGCAGAGCACAGCUACCAAACCCACUCAGAGAUGAAAGAAAAGGAAGAGAGGUAA